UGUCAAAAUAAUUGUUAGCAGUAUUCAAAUAACAUUAUUUUUUUUAGUAAAAAAUGUAAAAACAUUUAGAAAAUAAACAAUUAUUGUGUGCGUGUCUUAGUGUGAGAAUGAGUUAAAAUGGCUAAAAAAAUUGAAUUUAAUGAUAUGACGUCGAAGAAUGAAGUUUUCUUCCGGAAAGUAUUUGGACAGCCUUAUUAUUGUAAAUGAUACAUCUUUCUAUCUAGGAUAAAAUACAGGAAGAAUGGCGCGCUUUAAUACAGUAUUCGUCGGGGCUGAAGGACGUUCUAGUCAUAGAUUAAGCUAUUGUCUGAUUGCCAUGAUUCUCUUAGGAUUACCAUUAGCUCAGUGCCAACUUGAAAAGUUGUAUGUCGAUGAGACGGAUAUGCAUCUACUUGUGGAUGAAACGCAUCUGUUCAAAUUAAUUCAAAUUGGCGAAUACAAUACAACACUCCAAGUUGCCUCUCAGAUCCAACACGCUGAUAUAGUCCAAUUUGUCCCACCCGUUGUCGACAUGCCUGGUUUCGACAAGCCGGAUCCUACGAUGAAGCACACGUAUGAUAUAUGCGCGUAUGGCAAAAGUCCGGGACAUUCCGAAGUCACGUUUAACGUCACGCCCGCUGGCUUUGUGAAUCUGGAUACAGUCUUUCUCCGCGUCACAGUAAUGCACUCGAAUGCGAUAUACGUCAUCUCCUACAUCAUGGGUUGGAUCUACUUCGUCGCCUGGUCCGUGUCGUUCUACCCUCAAAUAUAUAUUAACUUCAAGAGGAAAAGUGUCGUCGGACUCAACUUCGACUUCUUAGCACUUAACGUGAUGGGUUUCACCAUGUAUUCAUUGUUCAAUUGUGGGUUGUACUUCUCGAAGGAAAUACAGAAAGAAUAUUUCAACCGUCAUCCUCGCAGCUUGAACCCAGUCCAGUUGAACGAUGUCUUCUUCUCCUUGCACGCUGCGUUCGCUACCCUUAUCACCAUCACUCAGUGCUUUUUGUAUGAGCGUGAUGGUCAACGGGUAUCGAUGAUAGGUCGCGGUAUAUUGACCACAUUUGUGUCCGUGGUCAUCAUUACAGCUAGUUUGGGCGCCGCUAACAAGAUCGCCUGGCUUGACUUCCUCUACUACUGCAGCUACAUCAAACUCUGCAUUACGCUUAUUAAAUAUGUUCCUCAGGCGUACAUGAACUACAAGCGCAAAUCGACUGAAGGUUGGAGUAUCGGCAACAUUUUCCUAGAUUUUGUCGGUGGUUUCCUCUCCAUCCUGCAGAUGACCCUCAACGCUUACAACUACAACGAUUGGAUAUCAUUCUUCGGAGACGCUACUAAGUUCGGUCUAGGACUAUUCAGUCUUAUCUUCGACAUAUUCUUCAUCUUGCAACACUACGUAUUCUACAGAGAUGCGCGGUACAUCCUCCUACCAGGCACUAUGUACAAUUCGGACGAACUUCAAGAUGAAGCAUAUACUGAACAAGACCUUGAUACAACAGAGUAUUACCAAGGGUCUCCCACAUAAUACCAACAUUUAUACAGAUGGAGUCCGAAACCAUGCUUAUGAUAAAGAGAGGAUAAUGCUGAUGCAUUUUACAAAUAGCGAGAGCAAGAGGGUAGAAACGUGUCUUGCAUACUAUUAUGUAUAUGAGACCAAAAGGCAACACAUUAUGGUUGACGUUUCACUUUUGAUAAGUGACAAGUUUAUUCAGUGAAAUAAAAACUAUAAAACUUUGUGUAAGUGGUUAACGUUACGUUAACGUUACCUACUAUUUACUUGUGGCGUCCGAGCAUAUUCUAAAAGAACAUUUAUUAUAAUAAAUUUUAAGACAACGUAACGUAACGUAGUAAAUAUUUUCAAUCAGUGGUAUUACCCAGUGCAUAGGACAAUAAUAUGACAUUUAAGUAGUAUAAGGCGCAUAUAAUUAGUAUUUUAAUCAAUAAUAUUGUUAGUAGAUCCGCUAGAUUCUAGGUUAGCUUUAUUCUUCACAGACGUGAGAAGACAAAACGUAUCAACAACAAAAGUAAAAAUUAAAAUUUCCAAUAAUUAGCUAGGAUACAGGGCAAUAUCAAAAUGUUACAACUUGCAAGUGUUGUGUACUUGAAUAUUACUAAAAGUAUGUCAACGACUGGCCAUUUUUUUUAUUGAGAGGCAGGAUAGCCUGUCUUAAUCUUUAUAUAAAAGCUAUCGAAUCUAUAAACGAUCUACCUCUAUCCUUAAUGCAUAGGUAUUAGUUAUAUGAGUGUAUAAUCAAGCAGCAAACAAACACGCCUUCUCGUAUUUAAAAUUAAUUUAAU